GAGUCCCAGGAGCCAUGUUGUCAGAAGCCCUGCUGGUGUCUGCUCCAGGAAAGGUCAUCCUCCACGGAGAACAUGCUGUGGUCCACGGCAAGAUGGCCCUGGCGGUAGCCUUGAACUUGAGAACUUUUGUACUGCUUCGACCACAGAGCAAUGGGAAAGUGAGCCUCAACUUACCCAACAUUGGUGUUAAGCAGGUGUGGGACGUAGCCGGCCUUCAGCUGCUGGAUACAAGCUUUCUUGAGCAAGGCGAUGGUCCGGCACCCACCCCAGAGCAACUGGAGAAGCUGAAGAAGGUGGCAGACCUCCCCGAGGACCGUGUCGGCACCGAGGGCCUGGCCGUGCUUGCCUUCCUGUACCUCUACCUGGCCAUCUGCCGGAAGCAGAGGGCACUCCCGAGCCUGGACAUUGUGGUAUGGUCGGAACUGCCGCCUGGGGCCGGCUUGGGCUCCAGUGCCGCCUACUCGGUAUGCCUGGUGGCUGCCCUCCUGACUGCCUGCGAGAACAUCACCAACCCGCUCAAGGACAGGGAUGCCAUCGGCAGGUGGCCUGAGGAGGACCUGGAGUCCAUUAACAAGUGGGCCUACGAGGGAGAGCGGGUGAUCCAUGGGAAUCCGUCCGGCGUGGACAACGCGGUCAGCACGUGGGGAGGAGCCCUGCGCUACCAGCAAGGGAAGACGUCAUCCUUGAAGAGGCUGCCGGCCCUGCAGAUCCUGCUCACUAACACCAAGGUCCCACGAAGCACCAAGGCCCUCGUGGCUGGCGUGAGAAGCCGGCUACUCAAGUUCCCUGAGAUCGUGGCUCCGCUCCUGACCUCUAUUGACGCCAUAUCCUUGGAGUGUGAGCGCGUGCUGGGAGAGAUGGUGGCAGAUCCGGCCCCGGAACAGUACCUUGUUCUAGAAGAGCUGAUAGACAUGAACCAGCACCACUUGAAUGCCCUGGGUGUGGGCCACACCUCCCUGGACCAGCUCUGCCAGGUCACAGCAGCACACGGACUGCACAGCAAGCUGACAGGCGCGGGUGGCGGCGGCUGCGGCAUCACCCUCCUGAAGCCAGGUCUAGAGCGAGCCAAAGUGGAGGCCGCCAUGCAGGCCCUGACCAGCUGCGGGUUUGACUGCUGGGAGACCAGCAUUGGAGCACCUGGGGUCUCCAUGCACUCGGCUGCCUCCGUAGACGACCCUGUCCGGCAAGCCCUGGGCCUCUGAGGUGAUGUCACACGGAGUCCUGCAAGGAAGCCUCUCGCUGGAGUAUUCUGGGGCCAGAGUCGGCCUCUGUGCCUGCUGGUGACAGAGAGGCGCCGCCUCCGCGUCCCGCCUGUACGCUGGCAUUUCUGGAGCCAGACAGACAUCAGUCGCGGGGUCUCCUGAACUGGCGGGCUGAUACCGGCCUUCACCGUGGAGCUCUGGUGGGUGCAUGUGCCUGAGCCUGGCCUCCACCUGCCUCCCUCAAACUCUCUGGCUCUCAGCCAUGCACUCUUCUGUCCAUCCACCCAAGGCUCCUUAGGAACUGCCUGGCCGGUGGUUCCUGUCUGUCAUCCUCACCCAGGGAUCAUCAGCUGGGCCAAGGCUGGCUGACGUCUGUCUCCAUGUGUACUUGUGGGGAAGCUGCCGUGGGAGAAAUAAAG